GGGUCUUUGACUUAAGUCUCACUCUCGCGCGUACCCACGAUUCUUCUGUUAAUUAUAUUUGCGUGGAGUUUGAGGCUGCUGCAUCUUCUGGGUUCAAAGCAGAGACACCAAUGGCUUCAACGACAGCUAUUGUCUUGGGGUGGGCGGAAGUGGAAGAGUUUACAAAGCUGAGCCAACAGGACAUGUACUAGCAAUAAAGAUAAUCCAGUGCCUGGAAGGUGAAGAGAUAGACAAGAUCAAGACUUCCCAGAAUGAGAUUCGAGUAUUAACAGAAAUACGACAUAGGAACAUUGUUAAAUUUUAUGGAUUCUGUUCCCAAGGGCCACACAAGUUCCUAGUUUAUGACUACAUUGAGCGGGGAAGCUUGGCUAGUAUCCUAAGCAAUGACAAAGAAGCCCAAGAAAUGGGUUGGAGCAAACGGGUGGACAUUGUCAGGGCAUAGCAAAUGCUUUAUCUUACAUGCAUCAUGACUGCUCACCACCAAUCAUUCAUCGGGACAUAUCGAGCAAAAAUGUGCUUCUGAACAGUGAGUUUGAGGCGUGCGUCUCUGAUUUCGGCACAGCAAGGAUUAUGAAGACGGAUUCUAGUAAUUGGACACUCGUUGCAGGCACAUAUGGUUAUAUAGCCCCUGAGCUAGCAUACACAAUGAGGGCUUUCAGCUUUGGUGUUUUGGCCCUUGAAGUGAUAAUGGGAGGACAUCCAAAGGAGCUUCUUUCGUCCCUGAGUAUCGGUGAGAAAAGCAUUGAGGUAGUAAUGGAAGUGCUAGAUCUGCGUCUCCCACCUCCUGCUGUUCUUUUUGAGAACAAGUGACUUCUGUAGUGAAGCAAGCACUUUCCUGCUUAAGCAUAAGACCAAAUUCCAGGCCCACCAUGCAAUGGGUGUCUCAGGCAAUCAUGGAAGCUUAAUGAUGCAGAUUGGUUUACAAGCAGAACAGUCGGAGAAAAAAAUUCAUAUCUUGUGAUUUCAACAUCAGAUGGAGACAAGCUUUGUCUCUUUGGAGAACUUAUUCAAAGGGCUACAAAUUUGUAUUUCUUAAAAAUUUCAUAAUUCCAAAGUUUACUAGGUGAAAGUUGUCUGUC